AGCAGCAGCAGCAGCAGCUGUCCCUGGGAUUGGCGGCGAGGCGCCCCGCAGGAAGUCUAGCGUGGCGUGCGUGUGUUUUGCGGCGGGGGGGGGAGAGAGAGAGAGGACUCCGGGCAAGGGGCUGACAAGGAGCGGCGGCGGCCGAGCAGGAAGGGGGUCCCCGCCGUCCCUCUCCGGGGCGGGUCCCCUCAUUUCCCUUUGCUUUUCUCUCCUCCUCUCUGGCUUGCUGGCUGUCACAUUCCUGCCGCUUGAGUCAGGCCUGGAGGCGGCGGAGGCAGCGGCGGCGGCGGGCUGCACCAGGAAGCGCAGGGCCGGCCGCACCAUGUAACCAAAGCGGAGGAAGGAAGGGAGCGAGGGAAGCCGCCGGCCUGGCCAUGGAGGACGGCGGAGCCGAGGAGGAGAUGGUGGAGCUGCCUCUCACCGACGCAAACUUGACAGGCCAUGAGGAGAAAGUUGGCAUGGAGAAUUUCGAACUACUCAAGGUCCUGGGCACCGGAGCGUACGGAAAAGUGUUCCUGGUCCGCAAGCUCAGCGGUCACGACGUCAGCAAACUGUAUGCGAUGAAGGUGCUGCGCAAAGCGGCCAUUGUGGCCAAGGCCAAGACGACAGAGCACACACGCACCGAGCGGAUGGUUCUGGAACAUGUGCGCCAGUCGCCCUUCCUUGUGACGCUCCACUAUGCCUUCCAAACGGACUCCAAGCUUCACCUUAUCCUAGACUACGUGAGUGGUGGGGAGCUGUUCACCCACUUGUACCAACGGGACCACUUCUCUGAGGAUGAGGUGUGGUUUUACAGUGGGGAGAUCAUUUUGGCACUUGAACACCUGCAUAAGCUUGGCAUCAUCUACCGUGACGUGAAGCUGGAGAACAUCUUACUGGACAACGAGGGACAUGUGGUGCUCACGGACUUUGGGCUGAGCAAGGAAUUUGUGACUGAGGAUAAAGAACGGACCUUCUCCUUUUGCGGCACCAUAGAAUACAUGGCCCCAGAGAUUGUACGCAGCAAAAGCGGACAUGGCAAGUCCGUGGACUGGUGGAGCUUGGGUAUCCUGAUGUUUGAGCUCCUAACAGGCGCCUCGCCCUUCACACUGGAGGGGGAAAAAAACUCGCAGGCCGAGGUGUCCAGGCGGAUCCUGAAAUGCAACCCUCCAUUCCCAUCGCUCAUUGGCCCCGUGGCUCGUGACUUACUCCAGAAGCUGUUGUGUAAGGACCCGAAGAAGCGCCUGGGCUCAGGGCCCACCGGGGCACAGGAGAUCAAAGAGCAUCCCUUUUUCAAGGGCCUGGACUGGACGGAGCUUGCGGCACGCCAGGUGAAGCCCCCCUUCAAGCCCCUCAUCCGGAGCGAGCUGGAUGUGCGAAACUUUGCUGAGGAAUUCACCAGCUUGGAGCCCAUCUACUCUCCUGCUGGGACUCCUCCGAGCCUCGAACGCGUCUUCCAGGGAUAUUCCUUCAUCGCUCCUUCCAUCCUCUUCAACCGCAACGCUGUGACAGCUGAUGUCCUUGGGGCUGGGCCAGAUGGGGAGCGCCCGGGAAGUGCCGCUGUGGCCCGCAGUGCAAUGAUGAAGGAUUCUUCAUUCUUCCAACAGUAUGAGAUGGACUUGAAAGAGCCGCCGCUGGGUGAGGGCAGCUUCUCCCUGUGCCGCCGCUGCCGGCAACGCCAAACCGGAGCAGAAUUUGCCGUCAAGAUCAUCAGCAAAAGGAUGGAAGUGAACACUCAGCGCGAAGUAGCAGCCCUGCAGAUCUGUGAAGCCCACCCAAACAUCGUCAAGGUGCACGAUGUCCAUCAUGACCAGUACCACACGUAUCUGGUGAUGGAAUUGCUCCGAGGUGGGGAACUCCUUGACCGCAUCAAGAAGAAGCAGCACUUUAGCGAGUCGGAAGCCAGCCAGAUCAUGCGCAGCCUAGUUUCUGCCAUCAGCUUCAUGCACGACGCCGGGGUGGUACACCGCGACCUCAAGCCUGAGAAUAUCCUGUACGCGGAUGAGUCGGAGGGCGCUCCUGUGAAGGUGAUUGACUUCGGCUUUGCCCGCCUGCGCCCCCAGAACUCGCAGCCCAUGCAGACGCCCUGCUUCACCCUGCAGUACGCCGCACCUGAACUCUUGCAGGAUGGGGGCUAUGACGAGUCUUGUGACCUCUGGAGCCUGGGAGUUAUCUUGUACACCAUGCUUUCUGGGCAGGUCCCCUUCCACAGCAGCCAGGAAGGGAGCGCAGCGAACCACGCAGCUGAGAUCAUGCACAAAAUCAGAGAGGGGCAGUUCUCCCUGGAGGGCGAAGCCUGGAAGAAUGUGUCUGAAGAGGCAAAGGAGCUGGUUAGAGGCCUCCUCACAGUGGACCCAGCCAAGCGGCUGAAGAUGUCGAGCUUGCGCUACAGCGAGUGGCUCCAAGAUGGCAGUGCCCUCUCUUCCACACCCCUCAUGACUCCAGACAUUCUGGAGAGCUCAGGGCCCGCCGUGCGAACGGGUGUCAACGUUGCCUUUAUGGCCUUUAACAAGGGCAAGCGCGAAGGCUUUUUCCUGAAGAGUGUCGAACACGCCCCUCUCGCCAAGCGGCGCAAGCUGAAGAUGUCCAGCACUGGGGCCGAAGCCCGCCGCAGCAGCAGCUCCUCCUCUUCCUCCUCGGGCUGUUCCUCGGGCGCCUCUUCUCGCCCCCACAAAGCCAAGGUUCCCACAAGUCGCCAUGACCCCCCCUCGUAGCACCCGGGUGAGGGGGGGUGCACCAACGGGCAGGAGGGAAGGGGGUAUUUAUUGUCUAUGUUGCUGUUGGGGGAGGAAGCCACCUCCCUCCAUCCCCCCAAUUCCACCCCCCAACUCCCCAUAUGAUGUGGUAUCUCCAUUCGCGAUGGGCUCCGUUUUGUUGUUCAAAGUGGCUGAUGUCUUUUCGGAGGGAAUCCCUGGGUCUGUAGGCAAAGGCUCCCCCACCCCCGGAGAAUGGCUCCUUAAGCUUCUGCAGGCCAGCCCUGCUUGCUGUGGGGAGAACAAGGAGAUGACCAGAAGGAAGUCUGUAGGGAGGUCCUGCACCUUUGAAAAUGACACAUCUGUGUCCGUUUCUGAUGGUUCAGGGCCUGCUGCCCCAUUGCAUGGGAGUGGCCAGGAGAGGUUUCGUUUCUGUUUGGUUUUAUGUUGAUCAGGUUGAGGUAAUGUGGGUCACUGCCUCUCCUCCCCCCCCCCCCAAGCACAAGAGGGCUGGUCCCUUUUCCUGAGCUGAUUUAAGGUUGGGGGUUACAAAUGAGCUAUUUAAGAGGUGCCCAGUGGAGAAACAGCUGGCUUGAAGGAAGGGAGUUGUUUUCAUUAAUUUUAUUAUCGUUUUUAUCAGCAGCAGGGCAUGGGUGUGCAUACCUGGAGCCCACAGCCACAUAAUGGGGUGUGUGUGCGAACAUCUUCUCCUGUGAACACCACUUAAAAAGAUUAAAGAACAACAACUUGCUCUUCUGUUUCUGACACAAACAGAGAGUGAGUGUGUUGGGGGGGAAACUUCAACCUUAAUGUCUGCACCUAGAGCAGAACGGGCAUGGGAAUGUAUCUAAUGUUAGCUAUACUCGGAGUAGACCCACUAAAAUGAAUGGGCAAGACCGGCUUGGGUACAUUCAUUUCAGUGGGUCUACCGAGUAGGCGUUCUUGAGCUAUAAACCAUAGGCAGAGGGCCAGGUUAAAAGUUGGCAAAACUCAAACCUCAGUGCAGGGAAUAAGGGCUGUACAUUGCAGGGAGGUGAGGGGAAAGGGACAUUGUCACUCACCACUUUAUUUCAUAUAGGAUGCACCAUUUUGCCCCCAUGUUUGGGGGGGAAGGGUUAAUAAGCCAAAUAGGAACCUCUGCAGGAAAGGGGUGGGGAGAGUGGAUGUCUGCUGAGGGAUGCCCCCAAAUCUUGAUUAAUAUGGGGCAAAUGAUCUUUGCCUGAUGGCGCAGGAGAAGCUACUCUGCUGGGAGAAUUUAUAUAAUAAAGCUCAGGCACUUCAGGAAACAAAAUGGGCUGAGUGGGUGGGAAUGUCGAGGGGGAGGGAGAGAAUAUAUUUUUAGAGAGAGAGAGAGAGAGAGAAAUUUCUGUAUGUUUUUUAAAAAAUAUAUUGAAGGCGAGCGGGGCAGAGUUUGUGUGAUAAUACACUUGAAUUUAUUAGGGGGAAGCAUUUCCUCAACUUCAGAGAUCCGUCCCCUCUCCCAGCUCACUUAAGAGGUGACAAGGUAAAAUGUAGAAAGAUAGGGAAGGAACUUGGGUCACAUUCAUAAAAUAAGAAUCUGGUAACGGACCUCUUUACAGGGUUUCAACUGCACCUAGAACUAGUUUGCCUAAAACCAGUUAUUUCCCACUUACACAACACACACGAAGUUUUGAAUUUUGCUCAAUUCUAAUUUGAGCACAGGAUCCUGAUUCCAUUAACUUUGGUAGAACCAUUAAAAUAAACAGCAAACUUUAUUGUAGUCAUCAAGAUUUAAAGUUUGCAUAGAAAUCCCAUUUCCAAAAUUCAGAUUUAUUUUUUGACUGCCAAGACCCCAGACCAUCUAUAACUGUCAAACUGAAUGUGAAUCUCAUAUCACAAUGUUAGUAUGUUAUGUUUAACCCCAUUUUGCUUAACUAUUGUUGCAGAAAGGUUGUGUUCAAAUUUGGUUGAAGUCCAAGCUUACUUCUUAAAAACAACACACAUGUUAAUAGAGCGGCUUGGAGAUUCUAAUUAUCUAGCAUUUGUUAGGCAAUCUGAUUUAAGGUGGAAUACCGAAACCCGAGAUCAUCCAAUGAAGCAGAAUUGCUGGGAGAUUCAGGAGAGAAAAGGUACAAAUUGUUCAUGCAUAGUGAACUAUGGAAUUUGCUUCCACAAGCGGUGUUGAUGUCCACCAACUGGGUGGCUUUAAGGGUCUAGACAAAUUCAUGGAGGAGAAGGCUAUCAAUGGCUGCUAGCCACAAUGGCUAGGUUCUCCCCCCGCUGUUGGAGGCAACAGCCUCUGAAUACCAGUUGCUGGGAAUCUUGAGUGGGGAGAGUUGCUCUUGCGCUCAGAUCCUGCUUUGUGGGCUUCCCAUAAUGGGCAUCCAGUUGGCCACUGUGAGAACAGGAUGCUGGACUAGACGGGCCAUUGGCCUGAUCAGGAAGGGCUUGUUGUUAAAAAUAAUCUAUUAAUGCAUAAUUAUGUGAAGGUAUUGAGACUCAUUUUAUGGAGGGACAAUUCUAGUGUGUUAUUAUUAGUGAAUGAAAGAAUAGAGCAGUAUUUGUAUGUUUGUGUCUGGAUUAUUUAAUCUGGAAUAAAAAUGUUCUUGUGUUUUUUAAAAAAAAGCUCUGGAAAAAGGGCUUGAAAGGGAUAUUUAGGUUUAGCCUGCAAUUCUAUACAUAACCUAGAAGCAAGCCUCAAGACUUACUUCUGAGUAGACAUAGAUAGGAUUGUAUUGUUAGUCACUUUAAAGGGAAGUGCAAUUGGAGACAACUGCCUGGAAACUUUGAAGACAGAGAGGGAAAGGACAGGCCCCUCCCUCCUCCACCUCCAAAAAGUGGAAAUUUUGGGAAUCGUAUUUAAUUGACUAACAUUAUCAACUCAACCCAGUUUAAAUGUGUAGUGUAGUCAGCCUCCUAAUCAGCUUGAAUUGCUCUCUGUAAUCACCUACCAUCCUCAACAGCCAAAGAACCCCCCUCCCCCCAUUUACAGUAUAGCUAAUCUAGCUUCAGUGUUAGAAUAUACAAGUCUUCACCUUAUGGAAAAAAUAUUUCACCAAAUGCUUUCUUUUCCACAUUUCACAAAAUUUCCGUUUCCCCCCUUUUAACUAUCUAGAGGGGCAGGAGAGUGAAAUUUCCCCCCCUCCAAGAUUAAUGGGGUUUCCUUGGCAGCUCCCCAAUACUUCUUGCUGAUUUAAGGGAAAUGGACUAAGGAAGAGUGUGUGCUUUGGUCUAAAUAUUUGGGGGGGGUCCCAAAGCAGCUGUUCUGCCCCCAAGGGAGACAGACAUCCUUGUACAUUUGGGAGAGUGGGAGCUCAGCUUGGUCCCGCCGUCUUCAUUCUUGUGUCCAUCCGCUAGGGGUGAACAGAUCGGUGGUAAUGGGCAUGGCUGUGCUACUUAUACCUAUUUAAACCAGCAAACUUGUUUUAAGUCGACUCUUACAGCUAAGGAACUCUUAGAAAAACUGUAAAGAGAUCUUGAACAAGAUACACUCAGCACCCUUAACCAAAACUACAUUUCCCCUUUUGGGGAUGGCAUGACAGUUACUCCUAUUUGAAACUCAAGUUUUAAAUGUGUAGCAGAGAUGCUUACUGACGGCGUCUUGCCAGCUGCUCCCCCUCAGUCAUGUUUUUUUGUUUUGCACUUGGCAGCUGUUUUCAUUUGGGGAGCGAGGGGGCUCCCCUUCCUUGGGGCAACUGGGUAUAUGUGGGUGUGUUUCUACGUGUGUGUGGAUGUCUUAACUGCCAUAUCCCCCCCCCACCUCACUCUGCAUUGAAGAGAUGGUGGAGGAUUGGGGUGGGGUGUAUUCUGAAGUCCUUCUCUAAGCAGCACAAAAGGCCAAGAACCAGCCAUCGGGGCAUCUCGUCCAUGCAACCAAAUCAUGUGUAUUUUUUAUUUGAAAAUAAAAAACCGCCUCUGAA